UACAGUUAGCAUGGCUGCCUUCCUCCGCCUGGCUCCCCUCCUCUAACUUCUGGACUGUAGUUUAAAACGAAGCUAUUCGGCCUUGCUCAGACCUGUACCUGGAAGGUGGAAAGUAUCUGGCACCAAUUCUGGCCCAGUCAUUUGUGAUCCAUGGCUCUUGUGAUAUGCCGAAGAUUUCCAGGCACUUUAUGUGGAACACCUUCCCAACCAGCUCUAAUCAAGAACCAUAUAAACAAGAAAUGGCUUGGUCAGACAUGUGAGGACUGUGCUCUGACUGCUAGAAUGAUCAGUACUGACACCAGAAUGGCAGCCAUUCUCCAGCUGUUAAAACCUAUAAGAUAUUGGACAUUUUGCAGUCCUUUGACCUACAGUGCAACCCAAAGUGUGGUAUGGUGGAAUAUGAGAAGCUACAUGUGGCACAAAGGACAGGACUCUCCAGAAAACAGCCUCUGCUGUCUUGCCAGAAAAGUUAACAUUUGUAACACCUCUGCUUCUUGGAGGCUUCUGACAACCGGCAGUACCCUCCCAGGUUUGGAAUUCAGCAGGGCUUCUGCCUCUAAGGCCAGCACGUUGAACCUGCACUCACCCAGGGCCAUGAAAAUUGAUGAAGAGGAUAUAGAAACUUUUGAUUCCCUUGAAGACCCUCGAGUUUUCCUCCAGCUAAGACCAGAAUAUCAGCUUCACAGCUAUGACAGAUCUGAGACUUGUCAACCUCUGUCAAUUUCAGAAGGUGAACUAAUUUUGCACAAAGUCACCGUUUAUCAAGAUAAUCUCCAGCCUCAAAUUAUUGUUGACUAUUUCUGUAAGCUGAGUUCUUUGCCUGCAGAGCAACAUCCUGUUUUGCUGUCCAGUACCAGCUUUGCUCUGCUUUGCCAGUUGAGUGUGAAAAACAUACAUCUCUUUGAUGCCCCAGAUCUGAUCAGUAUUUUGAAAGCUUUUGUCAGUUUAGGAAUUCCUCAUUCCCAUUCAAUGCUAGAUGUGUUUGAAACAAACUUUUGCCAUAAGGUAUGGGAAAUGAGUCUGGAUCAACUUCUCUUGGUGGCUGACCUCUGGCGGUACUUGGGACACAGAGUACCUCGGUUUUUAAAGAUCUUUUUUAGUUAUCUUAAUUUGCACUGGAAAGAUCUAUCCUUGUCCCAGCUGAUUCACUUAAUUUAUAUUAUAGGUGAAAGUCGUCAGGCACCCCAGGAUCUAAUGCAAAAACUAGAAUCAUUGAUCCUCAAGUAUAUAGAUUUGAUCAAUUUAGAAGAGAUUGGUACAAUCUGUUUGGGGUUUUUUAAGUCGAGUAGUAAUCUCUCUGAAUUUGUCAUGCGGAAAUUUGGAGAUCUGGCUUGUGCUGACAUGCAGCAUCUGAGUAGUUAUGCCUUAGUGAAUAUUCUUAAAAUGUUCCGUUUUACUCAUGUGGAUCACGUAAAUUUCAUGAAGCAAUUUGGACAGAUUGCUCCUCAGCGAAUUCCUUCCCUGGGAGUUCAGGGUGUCAUGCACCUGACUCUUGCCUGCUCGGCAUUACGCUUCCUGGAUGAAAGGGUAAUGAAUGCUGUGGCUGCUUCUUUGCCUCCUAGGGUAGCAUACUGUCGAAGUAAAGAUGUUGCCAAGAUUCUGUGGUCAUUUGGAACUCUGAAUUAUAAGCCACCCAAUGCAGAAGAGUUUUAUUCUAGCCUGAUAAAUGAGAUUCACAGAAAGAUGCUUGAGUUCAAUCGAUACCCAGAACACCUGCUCACGUGCUUGCUGGGCCUGGCAUUUUCUGAGUACUUUCCAGUAGAGCUCAUAGAUUUCGCUUUGAGUCCAGGGUUUGUCAGGUUAGCUCAGGAGAGAAGUAAAUUUGAGGUCACCAAGGAGCUGUAUACUCUUGAUGGUACAGUUGGCAUUGAAUGUCCAGAUUACAGAGGCAAUCGUCUUAGUUCUCAGCUUCAGCAAGAGGGGUCAGAAAUGCUAUGGAAUCUAGCAAGGAAGGAUAUGAACUCAAAACCUGAAUUCAUAGAAGCUCUCUUUUUACUUGAGACCAUGUUGGGUGGGCCGCAGUAUGUCAAACACCAUAUGAUUUUGCCUCAUACCCGAUCUUCUGAUUUAGAGGUUCAGCUUGAUGUUAACCUGAAGCCAUUACCAUUUAACAGAGAAGCCAUACCAAUUGAAGAUGUAGCCAAGUUAAGGCUUAAGCAUGUGGGAGUCAGCCUUACCGAUGAUUUGAUGAAUCAGCUACUAAAAGGGAAAUCAAAAGGGCAUUCCCAGGGGGAAAUUGAGUCAGACAAUGGGCAGCAGCCCUUGAAAUUAGAAGAGACGGCUAAACCUGUGGGAAGUUCCCUUUGCAAUAAGGUAGACAGACUGGGGGCCAUGGAGAUGGCUGGCCUAUCCCCCGCGACCUGCUUGCAGGCCCCACAAGUGAAGCUGGCUAUUCAGUUGACAAACAGGAACCAGUAUUGCUAUGGUUCCAGGGAUCUGCUCGGACUGCAUAAUAUGAAGAGGCGGCAGCUGAAUCAACUUGGGUACCGAGUGGUGGAGUUAUCUCACUGGGAAUGGCUCCCACUACUGAAACGAACUCGCUUAGAAAAACUGGCAUUUCUCCAUGAGAAGGUGUUCACCUCUGCUCUCUGAGGGCCUUCAGGGUCAUUUCUACUCAUUAAUGCUGUAGACAUGCACUGUACCAGGUAUUGUGAAACAGUUGCAAAAGCCAGAAUGUAGAUUUGGUAAUAAAAUUAUCUGUUAAGAUUAAGUUGUACCCUGUCUGUGGCAGACAGAAGCUAGUGUACAUUACUGUGAAUGAAUUAUAACUUGGUCCAGUUGUGUAAGUUGCUGCUAAUUUGUACAAGUAAAUAAUAAACAUCUUAAAAUCAAAAAA